AUGCCUAGUGAAUUACGUGAGCUAAUUAAGCAGGAGCGAAACCUGCGAAGAUCAUUAGACUCGGUGCGUCAGUUUGCUUCCAGUGAAAGCAACAACUAUGAACUUAUCAGUGUGCGAUUGGAACUGUUGGAAGCAACCUUUGAACAGUUUAAAAAAGUGAGAACCGAAAUUGAGCUGCAAACUGACCACCUGAGCGCUUCAACGGACAAAUUUAGUGAACAAACGGCAUUGGAUCAAGCAAGGGAGGACGAGAAUGUGGGAAUCCUGGUGGAAUUCGAGGAGGACUACUGUGUGGUGAAAAGUGAACUCCGGCGCCAGUUGUCAGCGAUACGAGCAUCAACCAAUGCAUCUCCAGCUCAAAGUGCAACCGUAUCUUCAGGUCCUCCCUCAACUCUGGCAAGGGUGAAGUUGCCGGAAAUUAAGCUGCCGUUUUUCAGUGGGAAGUCCAAGGAAUGGGUCACCUUUAGAGAUUCCUUUAAGAGUCUGAUCCAUUCCAGCAAUCAACUUAACGAUUCCGACAAGUUUUGCUAUCUUCGUUCGGCCGUGACGGGUGAAGCUCUGCAAGCGAUUGCUUCAGUGGACAUCACCGCCGCUAACUACGAGAUCGCUUGGUCAACCUUGGAAAAGCGUUAUGAGAACCGGAAGCUGCUGGUGAAAUCUUAUCUCGAUUCGCUGUUUUCCAUCGAGCCGAUGAGGAAGGAGAGCUAUGAUGCACUCAACAUGUUGCUCAGCGAAUUCGAGCGGAACCUCCAAAUGCUGCAAAAAGUAGGCGAGAACCCAGACCAGUGGAGCACGCUCCUGGUACACAUGCUGUGUUCUCGUCUGGAUCAAUCCACCCUGCGCCAGUGGGAAACCCACCACAGUUCCAAAGAGGUUCCGCUGUACGACGACCUGAUGUGUUUCCUGCGCAACCAUUGUUCGAUGUUGGAAUCCAUCGCUCAUCGGAGACCUGAACGACCAGAAAGCAGCGAGAAUCGUUCCAGAUUUGGCGUUAGCAACCCUGCAGUUCCAUCCCAAGUGAAGUGUCCUUUUUGUGGUGAUGUGUUUCAUAUUGCUUUUCGGUGCACCAAAUUUUUGAAACAAACUGUCGGUGAAAGAAGUGGAUCAGUGAAGCGAGCUAGAUUGUGUUACAAUUGUUUGUCUUCCGGUCAUCUAGCUCGUGAUUGUGUGAAAGAUUCCUGUCACCAUUGCGGAAUGCGUCAUCACUCGCUUUUACACCCCAGAUCCUCCGUCUCGCAGCAAUCAACUCGCCCUACACCUUCAGUGUCUCAGCCUCGUCGUCAGUCUUCAUCAUCAUCACACACCCCACCGAUAUCCAACCAGCCAACCCAUAGCCACCCUCCCAACACUCAACCCUCAACCUCGUAUCCAGUUUCACAGCCCAUUCUCACCACAGACCCUCAGCAAACCAUAGCACUUCCCUCCCACACACCGAACCUCACGAAACAAGUCCUGUUGUCCACAGCCAUCAUUCGCAUCCAGGAUUCUCUUGGCAAUACUCGAUUAGCUCGAGCCUUGCUCGACUCGUGCUCCCAGUUUUGCUUCAUGACCACUCGCUUCAGCCAACAACUAAAACUGCGACAUGUUCCGGAAAACCUCACCGUUCAAGGCAUCGGUGGAUCACGAGCUGUGUCACGCAAACUGGUUGUAGCUUCCGUUCGUGCUCGGACCUCGUACAUCUCAGCUUUCAGCAGAGCAAUGAGCUUCUUUAUUUUGCCUGAGCUGACAGCCACACUUCCCGCAAAACGAGUCGAGUACGAGAGUUGGCGUUUACCCCACGAUGUUCAGCUUGCUGAUCCCAGCUUUUCGGAACCAGGAGAGAUCGACAUCAUUAUUGGCGCCGAGCACUUCUUUGAUCUGCUUCUGGAAGGCAGAUUCAAGCUGACGAAUGAUGGCCCAAGCCUUCAAAACUCUGUUUUUGGAUGGAUAGUUGCUGGUACCAUUCCGAAUAAAUCUGUAUCCUGUUCGCCUUCCUCCGUGACUUGUUCAGUAGCUGAAAUUCAGGAGCAGCUCACUAAAUUCUGGGAACUGGAAUCGUGUAAGUCAGCAAGUACCCAAUCCGUGGAAGAGUCAACUUGUGAAGAACUUUUCGCUGAAACCACCACCCGUGACUGCGACGGAAAAUUUGUUGUUUCUUUGCCGAAACGUGAUCACGUAAUUCGGCAACUGGGGGAGUCUCGUAACACAGCACUGAGGCGAUUUUUCAGCGUAGAGAAGCAGUUUGAGUCCAACAGCGAAAAGAAGUCAGCGUACACAUUAUUUAUGGAGGAAUACAUCAGUCUCGGUCACAUGCGUGAAGUUCCUAACCCUGAUGAAGCAUUACCGGUCUACUAUCUUCCACAUCAUGCGGUCUACAAGCCUGACAGUUCUACCACAAAACUUCGCGUCGUCUUCGAUGCCUCCUGUAAGACUACCACCGGAGUCUCACUCAACGACGGUCUAUUGGUGGGACCCGUAGUUCAAGAAGAUUUGUUGUCCAUCGUCCUUCGGUUCCGGUUGCAUCGAGUCGCCGUUGUUGCUGAUGUGGAGAAAAUGUACCGCAUGGUCAAGGUACAAGCCGAAGAUCAACGUCUCCAGCGUAUUCUGUGGAGAGAAUCUCCAGAAAUUCCGAUCCGUACUUACGAGCUCGUCACUGUUACUUAUGGUACAGCAUGCGCACCGUAUCUGGCAACCAAGUGCCUUCAGCAGUUAGCAGACAGUGGAAAGGAAUCGUAUCCCGAAGCAGCAAGGAGUCUACAAUACGAUACGUACGUCGAUGAUUCUCUCACUGGAGCGAAUUCAGUCGACAGUGCGAUAAAGUUAGCGAAGGAGAUGAUUGAAUUAGCAGCAGCAGGUGGUUUUUUGUUGAGAAAGUUCAACUCAAAUUCAGCCGACGUACUGUCUGCAUUACCAGAUCAUCUUAUAGACGAGCGCGCUUCCUUGAACUUGGAUUCUUCGACUGCAGCUGUGAAGACGCUGGGUUUAGUGUGGAAACCUGCUACCGAUUGUUUCGUUUACGACUGUCCAGUUUGGAGCGACAAGGCCAAGAUCACCAAAAGAGUUGUGCUUGCAGAGACAGCACGCCUCUUCGACCCGAUUGGACUUGUGGGCCCCGUUGUUGUCAUCGCGAAGAUAUUUCUGCAAGAUCUUUGGAAACUCCAGUGUGGAUGGGACGAUUCGCUUCCAGAGGAGAUGCAGAACUUUUGGCAGGAGUAUCGGAUGAACCUGAAAGCCCUAUCUUCACUCUCGGUUCCACGUUGGUUGACCUUUCAUUCCGAAGCAUCAUUUGUCGAGAUACACGGUUUCUGUGACGCAUCCGAAAAGGCUUACGGAGUCUGUGUUUAUCUUCGUUGUACAGCAGAAAAUGGUGAAGUUACCGUCCGUUUGAUAACCGCAAAAUCCAGAGUAGCACCUUUAGACGACCUGAAGAGGAAGAAGAAGAAGCAGACAAUCCCGCGCCUCGAGCUUUCAUCUGCUCUUCUCUUGGCUCACCUGUACGAUAAAGUGAAGCGUAGUUUAAGAAUUGCGCAUUCUGCAGAAUUUUGGACCGAUUCCACCAUUGUAAUCUGUUGGUUGUCGUCUUUACCGUCCCGUUGGCAAGCUUUCGUUUCAAACCGUGUCUCCGAGAUCCAACAUACCACUAAAGGCUGCCAGUGGCACCACGUUGCAGGAGUGGAAAAUCCAGCGGACAUCAUAUCGAGAGGCAUGAUUCCAGCACAGCUUCAGUAUCAAACGAUGUGGUUUGAGGGUCCACUUUGGCUGCGACAAGACCGCAGCACCUGGCCAGCUUCAAGCAAUCCAGAACAAGUUGAACAGUCGUUACUUGAAGAGCGGAAAGUAUGUUCGUUUCCUGUCACACCCGUGACUAGUGAAAUCUUCGGUUGGCGUGAGAGGUUUUUGGAUCUGAUUCAUCUUGUUGCGUGGAUGCUCCGAUUUGCGCACAAUUCCAGUUUGAGAAUCCCACACCAACGAGCUUCCGGAGGUUUAACGUACGCAGAGCAGUAUGCAGCCGUACUUCACGUCGUUCGUGUAGCACAACAGGAAAGUUUCCCAGCCGAAUUCGACGCUCUCCAGAGAGGGCGACCACUGAAGGCGUCAUCCCCAAUCCUUUCUAUAAAUCCCGUGUUUGGCGAUGGCAUAAUUCGCGUUGGCGGCCGGCUAGCUCACGCACCGAUUAGCGAAGACAGAAAGCAUCCGAUGAUCCUGUGCAGUAAACAUCCCUUGGCCAAAAUGAUAAUCGAGCACUACCACCACUGUUUCUUCCAUGCCGGUGCUCAACUUCUUGUUUCUUCCGUCCGCGGGAGAUUUUGGAUCACCAAGAUCAGAUCGUUAGUCAACACAGUUCUGCACGAAUGUGUGCAGUGUUUUCGUAACAAACCAAGUGUAGCAGAGCAGCUUAUGGGCGACCUGCCAGCAGAGCGUGUUUCGCCAUCGAAUCCAUUCGAGAACGUUGGAGUAGAUUAUUGUGGACCUUUCCUAGUAAAAUAUCCUUCAAGUCGUCGAAUCCAACCCCGCAAAAUUUUCGUUGCUAUCUUCGUUUGUUUGGCUACAAAGGCAGUCCAUAUAGAGCUGGUCACGGACCUAACCAGUGAUUCAUUCAUCGCAGCGUUUAAAAGAUUUGUUGGUCGUCGUGGGAAACCUCGAGUUGUGAUGUGUGACAAUUCGACAACUUUCGUUGGUGCUCGCCGAGAAUUGGAUGAACUCCGUCAGCUUUUUCGAAACGAACAGUUCCAGAGACAUGUCGUCCAUUCGGCAGUAGACGACGAAACCGAAUUCAAAUUCAUCCCCCCCAGAACGCCUAACUUUGGUGGACUGUGGGAAGCCGCUGUUAAGUCAUUCAAAACGCACCUGAAGAGGACGAUAGGAUGCACCAUUCUCCGUUUUGAUGAAAUGAACACCAUCUCGAUUCAAAUUGAAGCUAUUCUCAACUCCCGUCCGUUGACACCAAUGACUAACGAUCCUGCAGAUUACGAAGCCAUCACACCUGGUCACUUUCUGAUCCACCGACCGUUAACAGCCGUGCCGGAGCCUUCCAAGGAACAUAUUCCAGAGAACCAUCUUUCGAGAUGGCAAAGAACCGAAGUCUUUUAUGAACGCAUUUGGAAGCGCUGGUCCUCCCAAUAUCUGUCGGAUUUACACAACCGCACCAAGUGGACUAGGAAACGAAACAACAUAGCCGUUGGAACCAUGGUGCUCCUCAAGGAGGACAACCUUCCCCCGUUGCAGUGGGCUCUCGGUCGUGUGACGAAAAUCUACCCCGGUCCCGAUGGCAACAUCCGAGUCGUCGACGUCAAAACCAAGGAUAGCCAGCUCCAGCGAGGAAUCCAGAAGAUUUGUGUUCUUCCCAUCAAGGACAACAUUGAUGAUCCCGUCCAGCAGGAUAACUAA